AUGUAUGCUAAUGAGACCCGCCGGCGGAUGUGUGUCGAUGUUAAUUUAUGCAAAUCACUUAAACCCCAAUCCUUGCCCCUCCCCUUAUGCUAAUUUAUUCUAAUCUACGCAAAAACAAGUCCCACUCACUCCAGUGGGCUUUGGCCUGGCCUCAUGCUAAUGUAUUCUAAUUUAUGCUAAUGAGUCUUUUGCCAUGUGUUUCCUCUGCCGUAAGCUAAUGUAUUCUAAUUUAUGCUAAUGAGCUGUUAUCAUCUGUUUGCUCUGCCGUAUGCAAAUGCAUUCUAAUGUAUGCUAAUGAGCCUCCAACCACCCAGGACAGUCCCCCUCCGUAUGCUAAUGUAUUCUAAUUUAUGCUAAUGAGUUUCGCCAGCUGUCUUGCUCCGCCGUACGCUAAUGCAUUCUAAUUCAUGCUAAUGAGCCGCCAACUCUGUAUGCUAAUGUAUUCUAAUUUAUGCUAAUGAGCCCGCCCCGCUCAGUCUCCCCUCCGUAUGCUGAUGUAUUCUAAUUUAUGCAAAUUCCCGUCCCCUCCCACCCAGGCGACUUCUCCAACUCGGACCUCGAGGAUGCGGCCGGGGGACGCGGCCCCGGCCGCGGCGGCGAGGGACCCCGGAGCGGGGAGCCGGACCCCGAAGGCUCCGCCCCCCAGGGCCUGGUCCCCGGCCUCGUGGCCGCCGCGCUGGCCGCGCUCGCGGGCGGCGUCUCCAGCUUCGUGGCCUACCAGAAGCGGCGGCUCUGCUUCCGGGACGCGGGCCCCGCCCCCGUGUAGGCCCCGCCCACCCUCGGACCCGCCGGACCCCGGAC